UGUCUCGGCCGCCCCCAACCCCCAGGCCGCCGCGGCGGAUGCGUCCGAGCCGGGCCGCCGAGCGGCGGCUGCACCUGCCGGCUGGUCCCGUGCGCCGGCUUUUCGCGGCUUAACCCAGCUCGCUCCUGCUUGCGCCCCCGCGCGCUGCGCCCCGCAGCCCUUUAUCCUGUGUGACUGGGGUGCGUGUGGGGGAGAGCGCCGGGUCUGGAAGUCUCCCCCGCCCCAAGCCGGAGUCGGAAUCCGUUUAGUGGGAUUUCAAUAAGAAUGGGGCCGCCGCGGGCUUGAAGAUCUGCCGCCGGUAGGCGUAGACGGCGUUCUGGAUCUGUCUGAAAACGGGGCAUUUAAAAUUAUUCGGUGGCGGCCAGGCUUGAACUCCGGGUUGCUCCAACCACGAGGGGAAAGGCCCCGCGUUCAGGGACCCCGUGUGUGGCGGCCGCUCCUUUACCGGAAAACAAGGAAGGAAAUUCGUUGUUUUGGAAAAAGCCUCCUCUCCCGAGGUCGGGAACAUCUGGUGGUGAGCUCCAGGUCUACGCAGGCACCGCGUGCUAGGAUUCGUUUAUGAGCAGGCAGGAUUCGAGAACGAGGUAGGGCCCGUGCGGCAGCCGAGGCGUCUGGAGAGCGUUUCCCAGCCGGGAUGACAAAUUGCAGACAAAUUGUGUCUAACGAUACGGAUUUACCAGUUGUCAGGCCGCCGGCCCCGGCCGCUCCGAGUAAACCGUGGCUGUUCGUGGAGGAGGGAGAAGCACGGCCCGAUUGUCUCCGGGUCUCAGCAGGGUCCCGCGGGGAGCCUGCCAGGCUUGAAGGGCCGUUGCCCUCUCCACCCAGACCCUGAGCCGCCGCCGCCGGCCAUGGAGGUGGCGCCGGAGCAGCCGCGCUGGAUGGCGCACCCGGCCGUGCUGAAUGCGCAGCACCCCGACUCGCACCACCCGGGCCUGGCGCACAACUACAUGGAACCCGCGCAGCUGCUGCCUCCAGACGAGGUGGACGUCUUCUUCAAUCACCUCGACUCGCAGGGCAACCCCUACUACGCCAACCCCGCUCACGCGCGGGCGCGCGUCUCCUACAGCCCCGCGCACGCCCGCCUGACCGGAGGCCAGAUGUGCCGCCCACACUUGUUGCACAGCCCGGGUUUGCCCUGGCUGGACGGGGGCAAAGCAGCCCUCUCUGCCGCUGCGGCCCACCACCACAACCCCUGGACCGUGAGCCCCUUCUCCAAGACGCCACUGCACCCCUCAGCUGCUGGAGGCCCUGGAGGCCCACUCUCUGUGUACCCAGGGGCUGGGGGUGGGAGCGGGGGAGGCAGCGGGAGCUCAGUGGCCUCCCUCACCCCCACAGCAGCCCACUCUGGCUCCCACCUUUUCGGCUUCCCACCCACGCCACCCAAAGAAGUGUCUCCUGACCCUAGCACCACGGGGGCUGCUUCUCCAGCCUCAUCUUCCGCGGGGGGUAGUGCAGCCCGAGGAGAGGACAAGGAUGGUGUCAAGUACCAGGUGUCACUGACGGAGAGCAUGAAGAUGGAAAGUGGCAGUCCCCUGCGCCCAGGCCUAGCCACUAUGGGCACCCAGCCUGCUACACACCACCCCAUCCCCACCUACCCCUCCUAUGUGCCGGCGGCUGCCCACGACUACAGCAGCGGACUCUUCCACCCCGGAGGCUUCCUGGGGGGACCGGCCUCUAGCUUCACCCCUAAGCAGCGCAGCAAGGCGCGUUCCUGUUCAGAAGGCCGGGAGUGUGUCAACUGUGGGGCCACAGCCACCCCUCUCUGGCGGCGGGACGGCACCGGCCACUACCUGUGCAAUGCCUGUGGCCUCUACCACAAGAUGAAUGGGCAGAACCGGCCACUCAUCAAGCCCAAGCGAAGACUGUCGGCCGCCAGAAGAGCUGGCACCUGUUGUGCAAAUUGUCAGACGACAACCACCACCUUAUGGCGCCGAAACGCCAACGGGGACCCUGUCUGCAACGCCUGUGGCCUCUACUACAAGCUGCACAAUGUUAACAGGCCACUGACCAUGAAAAAGGAAGGGAUCCAGACUCGGAACCGGAAGAUGUCCAACAAGUCCAAGAAGAGCAAGAAAGGGGCGGAGUGCUUCGAGGAGCUGUCAAAGUGCAUGCAGGAGAAGUCGUCCCCCUUCAGUGCAGCUGCCCUGGCUGGACACAUGGCACCUGUGGGCCACCUCCCGCCCUUCAGCCACUCUGGACACAUCCUGCCCACUCCGACGCCCAUCCACCCCUCCUCCAGCCUCUCCUUCGGCCACCCCCACCCGUCCAGCAUGGUGACCGCCAUGGGCUAGGGAACAGAUGGACGUCGAGGACCGGGCACUCCCGGGAUGGGUGGACCAAACCCUUAGCUGCCCAGCAUUUCCCGAAGGCCGACACCACUCCUGCCAGCCCGGCUCGGCCCAGCACCCCCUCUCCUGGAGGGCGCCCAGCAGCCUGCCAGCAGUUACUGUGAAUGUUCCCCACCGCUGAGAGGCUGCCUCCGCACCCAGCCGCUGCCCAGGUGGGGUUUCCUGCAUGGACAGUUGUUUGCAGAACAACAAGGACAACUUUAUGGAGAGAAAAGGAGGGGAUGGGACAGACGAAGGCAACCAUUUUUAGAAGGAAAAAGGAUUAGGCAAAAAUAAUUUAUUUUGCUCUUGUUUCUAACAAGGACUUGGAGACUUGGUGGUCUGAGCUGUCCCAAGUCCUCCGGUUCUUCCUCGGGAUUGGCGGGUCCACUUGCCAGGGCUCUGGGGGCAGAUUUGUGGGGACCUCAGCCUGCACCCUCUUCUCCUCUGGCUUCCCUCUCUGAAAUAGCUGAACUCCAGGCUGGGCUGAGCCAAAGCCAGAGUGGCCACGGCCCAGGGAGGGUGAGCUGGUGCCUGCUUUGACGGGCCAGGCCCUGGAGGGCAGAGACAAUCACGGGCGGUCCUGCACAGAUUCCCAGGCCAGGGCUGGGUCACAGGAAGGAAACAACAUUUUCUUGAAAGGGGAAACGUCUCCCAGAUCGCUCCCUUGGCUUUGAGGCCGAAGCUGCUGUGACUGUGUCCCCUUACUGAGCGCAAGCCACAGCCUGUCUUGUUUGUCAGGUGGACCCUGUAAAUACAUCCUUUUUCUGCUAACCCUUCAACCCUCUCCCCUCCUACUCUGAGACAAAAGAAAAAAUAUUAAAAAAAUGCAUAAGCUUAACUCGCUGAUGAGUUAAUUGUUUUAUUUUUAAACUCUUUUUGGGUCCAGUCGAUUGUACAUAGCCACAGAAGCCCUGCUAUGAAAGGAAUAAAACCUACACACAAGGUUGGAGCUUUGCAAUUCUUUUUGGAAAAGAGCUGGGAUCCCACAGCCCUAGUAUGAAAGCUGGGGGUGGGGAGGGGCCUUUGCUGCCCUUGGUUUCUGGGGGCUGGUUGGCAUUUGCUGGCCUGGCAGGGGGUGAAGGCAGGAGUGGGGGGCAGGUCAGGACCAGGACCCAGGGAGAGGCUGUGUCCCUGCUGGGGUCUCAGGUCCAACUUUACUGUGGCUGUCUGGAUCCUUCCCAAGGUACAGCUGUAUAUAAACGUGUCCCGAGCUUAGAUUCUGUAUGCGGUGAUGGUGGGGCGUGGUGGCCUGUGAGGGGCCCCUGGCCCAGGAGGAGGAUUGUGCUGAUGUAGUGACCAAGUGCAAUAUGGGCGGGCAGUCGCUGCGGGGAGCACCAUGGCCAGAAGUAACUUAUUUUGUACUAGUGUCCGCAUAAGAAAAAGAAUCGGCAGUAUUUUCUGUUUUUAUGUUUUAUUUGGCUUGUUUCAUUUUGGAUUAGUGAACUAAGUUAUUGUUAAUUAUGUACAACAUUUAUGUAUUGUCUGUAAAAAAUGUAUGCUAUCCUCUUAUUCCUUUAAAGUGAGUACUGUUAAGAAUAAUAAAAUACUUUUUGUGAA